AAAAGGUGAGCAAAACUGGUGCCGAAGGAAUGGUUUUAGACGAAGCGAAGAAUAUAAAUAAGUCACUCUCGGCCUUAGGAAAUGUAAUCUCGGCGUUGGCCGACGGAAAUAAGUCACACAUACCAUAUCGUGAUAGUAAACUGACCCGUAUUUUGCAAGAAUCUUUGGGCGGAAACUCGAGGACCACAAUAAUCAUCUGCUGUUCUCCCGCCUCUUUCAAUGAAAUGGAAACCAAGUCAACGCUUGAGUUCGGAAAAAGAGCCAAAACUAUUAAAAAUGUGGUUAUAGUUAAUGAAGAGUUGACUGCAGAAGAAUGGAAAAAACGCUACGAACGCGAGAAGGAGAAGGUUAAUAAACUUAGAGGUCAGAUAUCUAGACUCGAAGGCGAAGUGAACCGAUGGAGAGGUGGGGAAAGUGUGCCCAUCGAUGAACAGGCGAACCUCAAGGACCUGGAGGCCAGUACUCUAAGUUUGUCGGAAUCGGUGCAGAACUUGAGUGCAGUGACGGGUCCGGUCUCUACCGAGACUAAUAUAUCUCAGAUAAUUACCUCUUCUGAACCGAUGAGUAAUGAG